CAAGUACCUGCGCAAUCGUUGAAGUGCGCCAAAAUGGCGGCUUCAGGGAGCGUCUCACCUCGUGUUUUAACGUAUUCCAUUCACAAGUGUUCCAGCCAUUCCUCCAAUUAUCUACCAACGUAAGACCUCGUGUAUGCUUUUUUCUUUAAUUUGCUGGCAUCUUUCUUUGGUGUCAGGUGGUAAUGUUGGAGGUAUUUUGCAUUUUGUACAGGAAUAUUCUCGUGGAUAAACCUAAUGACCAGUCAUCACGUUGGUCCUCAGACAGUAACUCUCCACCUCAGGUGCAAUUUUAUUACAUUUAAACUACUAUUUCCGUCCUCUAAAUACUCCCUUCAUUGCUAACAAAACUUCAAGACUUUUAAGUGUUAGAUAUGCAGAGAAACAAAGAGUGCACCUAACAUGCUAAGCAUAACAAUAUUUUAGAGCACCAUCCGCCUGGACUAAAAACAAUUAUAAAGAUGUCGUAACAUUCUUUUAGGCUGCAUGUGUGUACAUGUUCAUGGAUUGGCCUGUGGUGAAAGAGAAAAUUGCUGAUUAUGAGGAAUAGUUCAUGGUCCUUGUUUAAUGUUACUGUAAUGGAAGCCAAAUAUUUUCUCACCUGGUUCCCCUAGUAUUCUUUGAGGGUUAGAUUUCCACUAGUCUCCCUCACAGCCGUUUUUGUCAUGUACACUGUAAAGACACGCGAGUAAAUAUAUCGUGUUUAAGCAAACGUUGUUUAUUGCGGAACAAGCUUAAAUGAAUGAAUACAUGUGCUUGUGGCUAGCCAACAAAUAACUAAACUAUUCGGUAAUAUAAAACGCUAAGGCAUACUAUAAGUUCAUUGAGUUCUUGUGGUUUCCGAGAUAAGCCACAUUUCGUCACAUCUUUCCUCUUAUAAAGAAAACAAGAAACUAAAUACAAGUGUUUAACUCAAAACUUGAUAAACAACUGUUUGUUAUCUUAUUUGAGUUCAUUGAGUCACAAAGUCCUUUAGGUAGGCUGGCCGUUUGCGCGAGCGUUCUGAUCUGCGUAGCGGAGCAGGAUGCGAUUGGAUGUUGGGUGCUUGAGCUGGCUGAUCGACUUGAUGGUCUUGGGGUGUAGUCUCUGAGCUUGAUGUAGCAGGCUCAGCUUCGUUGUAGUCCACGAUAGGUGGUUCAUUUGAACGAAUCAGCUGACGGCGGUUGCGUCUGUAAAUAGACUCGCCAACUUUCACUUCAUAGCUUCACGGGCCAACCUUUCCCAGGCAGGUGCCAGGGCUCCAUGUCUUCUGUCCAGGCAGCUUCAUGCGCACAGUUUCUCCCUGGUCAAUGGGUUGUAAUGGCUUUACAUGAUGAUUGUAGUGGUGCUGCUGUCGCUGUUUUGAGCCUAUGAGUGCGCGCGUCUCUUCUUCGGUUGAGUAACGAGGCUGUAGCAGAGUACCGGCCACAGGUGCAAGCGUUUUACAACGACGCCCCAUGAGGCGCUGGGCGGGGCUGGUGCCAAAUCCUUCAGUAGGGGUGUUGCGCCAAUCUAACAGGGCUAAGAACUCUGAUUGGCCUGAUUCUCUGCAUUUCGUGAAGAGCCUUUUCACUGUUUUCACAGCGUUUUCUGCCUUUCCAUUCGAUUGUGGAUGAUAGGGGGAAGAUGUUGUAUGUUGAAACAUCCAAGUUUUCGCGAAAACAGAAAAUUCGGCAGAAGCGAACUGGGGGCCGUUGUCUGUGACGAGCACGUCCGGGAUGCCAUACCGCGCGAAUACGGCUUUCAUUUCUUUGAUAACAUUGCGUGAUGUCACGGUCUUGAGACGAGCAACUUCUAUGAAAUUGCUGUAGUAGUCGGAAAUGACUAGUAGAGUGCGGUUGUCUACUUCGCAGAGGUCAGCGGCGACUUUGGCCCAGGGUCGGGCCACCACCUCGUGUUGUAACAGCGGUUCUUUGGCUUGCCUGUCGCGGUGUGCUAGACAGAUGUCACACUUCGAGAUGUACUGUCGCAGCUCGGCGGCCAUGCGGGGCCAGUAGAGGGUAUCGCGUGCUCUGCGAACACACCCUUCGAUGCCGAUGUGGGAACUGUGUAGCACUGCCAUAAGCUCCUUCCGUAGGCUGGCUGGUACUACGAGUAGUUGUCCCUUGAAAACCAGUUCAUCCUGAACGGUUAAGACGUCUCUUAUGUCGAAGUACGGGUAGAGACAUUCAGGAACGUCAGAUCUUUGUUUUGGCCAUCCUUGACGUAUCGUAGCUCUUAGUUUCUGCAACACGGGAUCAUCUGCCGACGCGUGUUUGAUCUGCUGCCAGCGUUCGUUGCUGACUGGAAGGAAGGCUCGGUGAUCCACUGACUCUAACUCUUGUGUAAACUCACAAGCAUUCACUUCUGGGAGAAAUGCACGGCUGAGGGUGUCGGCCAAAUACAUAUCGCGCCCUUUUUUGUACGCUACACAAAGACUGUACUUCUGCAGCCUCAGCAACAUCCGUUGUAGUCGCUUGGGCGCUGCGUUGAGCUCCUUUACAAAGAUCGGUUCCAAAGGUUUGUGGUCAGUUUCCACGUGAACUAUGUCACGACCAUACACAUAAGGUUCAAAACGUUCGCACGCAAACACUAUUGCGAGCAGUUCCUUUUCUAUUUGGGCGUAUCGCGUUUCGGCACCAGUAAGUGCUCUUGAUGCGUAGGCCACAGGCUGACCAUUCUGUAAUAGGGCGGCGCCUAAUCCAAAUUGAGAUGCGUCGCACUGGAGCGUAACUUCCUCCUCUAAGUUGUAGUAUCGCAAAACGGGGGUAGUCACCACAGCUUUUUUCAAGGAGUCCAGUGCCUCUUCUUGAGCUGUUCCCCAGGUCCAUUCAACCUCGUUCUGCGUCAGUUCUCUCAGUGGCUUAGUGAUGUCGGACAGACGUGGAAGGAACUUGCUUAAAUACUGUGCGAGUCCCAGCAGUCUCUGUACUCCGGCUUUAUCUGUUGGCGCUGGCAUUUCGCUUAUAGCCCGAACUUUGGCGGGGUCAACACGCAAGCCCUUGUCUGUCGCGAUAUGUCCAAUAAACGGGACUUCCGUCAGUCGAAGGUUAAGCUUUUCAGUGUUGAGCUUAACACCUUGCUCUUUGCAACGCUCUAGGAAGCUGAUAAGGGCUCUAUCAUGGUCGCUGUUAGCCUCUGCAACAGUGUUCCCGCAGCCAAUCACGAUAAAGUCGUCAGCUACGACUUCAAUUCCUGACAAGCCUUCGAUCAGUUGGUGCAUUCUCCGCUGGAAGACUUCCGGAGCUGAACUAAUACCGAAAGGCAGGCGUCUCCAACGGUAACGACCAAACGGAGUGUGGAACGUGGUUAGGUACGAUGAUUCGUCAUCCAAGGCCACGUGCCAGAAACCAUUUCGCGCGUCAAGUUUUGUGAAAACUUUGGCGCCGUGUAGUCUUGUGGCAACGUCUUCGAUUGUUGGAAGAGGGUAGUGCUCACGUUGUACGGCACGGUUGAGGUCCUUUGGGUCUAGGCAUAUGCGAAGUUUACCGUUUUUCUUGGGUACGGUUACCAUAGAGCUUAUCCAAGCUGUGGGGGAAGUCACAGGUGCGAUAACUUCCUGUUUAACAAGGUCUCCUAGGGCUUCUUUAACUUUAGCUCUGAGUGCCACCGGAACGCGUCGAGGUGCAUGUUGCACAGGGUCUACGGUGUUAUCCAGUCUGAUGUGGUGUUCACCAGCCAGUUUGCCUACGCCGUCACCGAAAACAUCGGGAUAUUUCUCGAUCAAUGCUUCUCUCGUGAUAGGUACGUGCGUGACUUUCUCCAUAGUUGUCCGUUCGAGCGAGUAAACCGGAGCACUUCCUGUUUGUGGUUUGUUUAGUUCGUCAUUGUCUGUGUAUUUAAUUAUCUUCAUACCCACGCAAGCUUUUCUCCCAAGGAGCGGGCGGAUCGUGUUGCUGUCAACAAGUUUGCAAUCCAAUUUACACUUGAGUUCGUCACGCCAUACGGUGAUGCGCACUUGACCCACAACUGACAGUUUUGAGCCUCCGUAGGCCGCAAGUUGAGUAUUCAAAGGUGUCACGCGUUCAAGACGGUAAUCCUUUGUCGCUUUCUUGUAAAGGUUCAGCGGGAUUACGUUGCAUUGUGCCCCUGUGUCUGGUUGAAAACGCAGGUAAUGGCCUGACUCCAAUUUGAGGGUCACAAGUUGGGAAUCAUCUAGAUCAACUGCAGAGAUCAUCUCGGCGUAAAAUACUUCCGAUUCGCUGUUAUCGCUGUCGACGGUUCUGACAGGUAUAUCCUUGUUAUCACUCUUGGGAUCUCUUUUCUUACUGCGACAUUUAGACGCGAAAUGUGAGACUUUGCCGCAUUUCAAGCAUGUCUUGCCAUAAGCCGGGCAUCGUUCUCUCUUUGUUUGGUCAUGCAAAGUGCCGCAUCUCCCACAUUCUUUAGUUGCGUGUUUGUCGCCGUGACGUUUUCGUCUCCAUGGGACUUCAGGCUUCUUGCUUUGACUUGUGACUGCAUUUAUUUGUCCUGAAGGUUGCUCGACAAGCUUCAUUUGAGCUAUCGUACUCUCCGAGGCCCUGCAGAUUUCGUCUGUUUUGUCUAGCGUUAACUUAGUCUCUCUUAAGAGUCUCUCCCUUAGCUUGUUGUCUCGAACACCAAACAGAAGGCGGUCACGAAGGAUUUCAUCAGGCGUGAUUGUUUCAAAACUACAGCCCUCGGCUAACUUUCGUAGAGAGGUACGAUACUGAUCGUAGGUUUCUCCUGGCUCUUGAACUCGGCGGUUAAACUUGUAUCUCUCGAAAGGAAUAUUUUUGCGUGGUUCGCAAUAAUCCCCGAACUUCUUCAACACAGGCUUAAUUUUCUUAUCGUCGCCGUCUUCUGCCCAAUCGUUAAAGGUAGAAUACACCUCUCUUGCUUCUUCGCCAAUCACUGUUAGUAGUGUGGCCACUUGAACAGGCUGACCCUUCUUGUUUAACUCUGUUGCAAGUGCGUAGUUCUCCCACGCCAGGAGGAACUUUUUCCACCUCUCUGCCACGUUGGGGUCGUGUAUUUCAAGGGGUGCUGGCGGCGGUAACGAAAAUCCAGAGGCCAUACUCUUGUUGACUUGUAGGCGAUUGGCUAUGUGUCAUAUGUUACCACUAUAGCUCUCCACUCGCUGCCACCAUGUAAAGACACGCGAGUAAAUAUAUCGUGUUUAAGCAAACGUUGUUUAUUGCGGAACAAGCUUAAAUGAAUGAAUACAUGUGCUUGUGGCUAGCCAACAAAUAACUAAACUAUUCGGUAAUAUAAAACGCUAAGGCAUACUAUAAGUUCAUUGAGUUCUUGUGGUUUCCGAGAUAAGCCACAUUUCAUCACAUACACUACGCUCCUCCCCAACAAAUGGCCGCUUACAUUUAAACCACAAUCCCUUCCCGAUAUUUUGAGCCAAUCACAGCGAUGGUUCUAUUUUUCUGGAACGGUUUUGCACCAGAUAGUCUUUUUACAUACCUUCCAAUCAUAGCCUCCAUUCCAUCGUAUCAUGUUUGGUGCCAAGUUGUCGCCCAGAAAGCCAUUUUUAUAUUUGUCUCAUUACGUACAUUACUCUUUGUUUUGAAUAAAACAGACUCGAAAUUGCUGCAAUUUGACUACUUAUCCAGAGUAAGAAUUAAAACUGACGUCCACUUUAAGCAGUAUUUGUGUUUUUUGCCGUUCCAAUCAUUUUUUAGAAACGCUUAUGCACAUACGUUUGCUUUAUCUGACCUUACCUGGUCUGUAUCUAGAUGUGACGUAUUGCAAAUGUGUUGUAUUGCAAUUGAACAAGUGUGAAUAAAUGAACUUGAACUUGAACUUGAACUUGUUAAACGUUUACAGUUGUGCCACAUGAUGGCCAAUGCUGAUAAUCUGAUAACAAAUUAGCUGUUUCUUGCCAAAAAAAAUUUUCCUCAAUGGGAAAUUUACUGAUCCAGCUUUUAUACCAAGUGUUAUACAGUUUAAAGUCGCCCAUUUUAGGGCCAAAUGUGUUCUUUAGUUUUUGCCUGCAGAAACCCUCAAUCUUUGAUUCAGUUUUUAUAAAAGCAAAACAGAACCCAGCCCGUCACGGCCGACACCUCAGAUGCAACCGGAAAUCACAGUUACUCAUUCUUUGCAUUCAGUUUACUGAUAAAUGAUUGGUCAUUUCUGUGGGUUAACAAAUAAAACAAUAGUAAUUAUUGGAAAGGAAUUUGGUUUGAAUGUGAGCUGUCGUUUGUUGGGGAGGAGCAUUACGUGACGGCACAAAACGGCUGCGUGGGAGACUAGAUUUCCACAUACUCCACAGCCCGAUAUAUGUAUUAAUAAAUAUGCAUAGAUGUUCGACUCUAUUCAUAUAAGCAAGCUGUUUUUGAGGUUGCGGAAAUCUUACUGUCUUUAAGCAUGUUAUUCAAAUUUCAGUUUGUCUUUCACAUAUUAAUAAGGUUUUGUUAUUUUGUUCAGUUUCUGAUACUUAAGCUGGAUAAACCAGCAGUUGUGAUGACUGUAACAUUCGGCAAGUAUGAGAAGACCCAUGUCUGCAAUCUCAGAAAAUUCAAGAUUUAUGGUGGAUUAAAUGAUGAUCACAUGACUGAGUUGUUACAUAGGUACUGUAUACACUUAGUAUUACUUAAGUUAACUGUUUUUUCCAAGACUGCUCAAAAUCCACUUUAAAAUGUUUUGUUUUUGAAAUUCAAAAAUUUCCUUUGGAGUUUUGUAUACACAAUAAUUGUUGUACAAUGUACAAUGGUUAAGUGUGGACCAGACAGUAGGAAACUACAACAUGCAUUCUUUAACAUUUUGAUUUCCUACAAACAAUCAGCGUAUAAUGAAAGAAGUCUGCGAUAGCCCAAGACUAGUGUAUUUUGUUACCAGGCUAGUAAAUUCUGUUCUUAAGUUGCCUGACAGGCAAGUGAAGUUUUUUUAGGUGAAUUUUUUUGGGGCAAUUCAAAUUAAUUUCAGAAGAACUGUAAUCAAUCCUCCUCAUCAAAAUAGUUUUCAGGCUAGUUGAAAUGACUUUUGGGCUAGUACAUGCUAGCUACAGCUUUGCCUAAAUGAGUAGCUAUAAAGCUGACUUUCUUUGCACACUGAAAUUGUGGCCAACAUUUCACAAGGCUCAAGAAAUGUACCAAACUUCAUGCAACCUCGCUGUACAACAGAUUUGUUUGAUAUGUUUCACAGCAUGCCAUGAAAAUGUCAAAUUGUACAGGAACACCGUUUUUGCCAAGAAUUGGCAGGUGCUCUCAAACUACGUUUACACUGGUUAUUGUUAGAGAGAAUCUGACACUUACAUGUACUCCUGUGUAUGAGAUGUGAAACAUCAUUGAAUAGGGGUUCCUUUUAAAGCGAAUCCUUGAGAGAAAUUUCUUGAAAAAUAAUGCAUUCUAAUAAAAUUUGUCAUUUGCAGUGGGCUCAGAAAUGAUCAUAUAAAGGAGACAUUUAAUCUGAAGCAUGAAUUGGAUGGAAAAAUGUUUCCAUGUAAUUAUAUUAAAAUUGGUAAGUAUUGGUGAAAGAAAUGAACAUGUAUGUUCUGCAAAAGCAGUGCACGCAUGUAUAUGAGAAGCAUCUGUCCUCAGUUGUUCAAAACUUGGAUAACACUAUCCACUGGAUAAAAUGUCUGUCCAGUGGAUAAUGCAAUUGCCUUCUCAAAUACGUACCCACUGGAUAGUGUUUUUUCCAGUGGAUACCAUUAUCCAACAUUUGAGCAACUGAUGCCCAAGGUUAAUAUUAUUUAAAUACCUAGUUGUUUACGGAGGAAGUGCGGUUAGUCCUAUUUUGCUUUCAAGCUCUCCUCUUAAAUUGCCACAACCUGUUUGUCAAUCUGUUUGGAAUCCCUGCAUGUCACUGACAGAAAGAAAAUCAUUCUCAAAAUUUUGAUUGGCUUUAAGGAGUUGAACUCCAGUCUGCCAAGAAGUAAAGAUGAGGUAUGUAACAGCCAGUGGUGAAAGAAGCUAGACUUAAGACCUGUGUACUGUGUAUCUGUUACAGGUCAAAAGUAAAUUCAGGUUAAAAUUUUUUAACCUAGGUUGAUUCUCAAUUUCAUUUGUCUCAUAUCCCCAACUAUUCAUGAACUAGGGCUAGGAGUCAAAGGAAAAAGAGAAUGAACCUAGGAUAAAAAAUCGGUCAGUGUAAAACGCAGACUGCGGACUGCAGACUGCAGACUGCGGACCAGGGGUAAAAUGCAGACUGAGUGUAAAAUGCAGACUGCAGACUAAGAGUAAAAUGCAGACUGGGGUAAAAUGCAGAAUAAAGACUGUAGACUUUUUUAAACAUUUGUGCUCCUUCUUCUUCAAAUCGGUGAAAUAGCUAGCCGGUAUCAGUUACACACUUCGCUUCCUAGUCGAAGUGAAUUGCACAUUCGCCAGAAGUUUCAAUGAACAUCCAAACAGCUUAAGUCUGCGUACCUUGAUUUGCAAUACUUUCAUAGAAGGUCAUCCAAAUUUCCUGCAGAACAUCUUUCUUUGUUGUUGAAAUGACUUACUCCCGUUUUUAUCGCCAUAAUUCCUGUACAGUAUUUUGGGUCAGCAGCUUUCAUUUAAGCGUAAACAUCGUGGUGUUGUACCAGUUCACGGUCCCUGAUCACGUAUAUCGAAAACUUUGUAUCAAAAAUUGAAGCGUGAAGUCUCUCGGAUGGAAAAAAGGUUCAAGAUUGCGAUUAUGUUUUCGGGUCGUCGACGACGUUCCAGAGAAGAAAGGAAUGGAUUUGUGAAAGCAGAUGUCAUCAAGUAAGUGUUCGUUUACAGGUAUUUGCGGGAUUUUUUUGCCCUUAAACCCUUCCACGACUACAGUUUAUGCUCGGUCUGCAUUUUACCCCAGUCUGCGUUUUACUCUUAGUCUGCAGUCUGCAUUUUACACUCAGUCUGCAUUUUACCCCUGGUCCGCAGUCUGCAGUCUGCAGUCCGCAGUCUGCGUUUUACACUGACCGGAUAAAAAAUUUUAACCUGAACUUAAUUUUGACUUGUAAUAUAUCCAACACUCUCUUGGCCACAUUGCCCCCAUAUAAUGCAGUUGAUAAUUUAUAAGAAAAGUAGAAAAGGCAAUACUUACUUAUUGUUUUACUUCUUUUUGGCAACAUUUUCAUUUUUAUCAUCUGAUGCUUCACAAUGCUAUUGUGAUUUACUGGUAUGGACAUUUUAAGUGUGCAACACUUAGUUCAUUUUAGUUUUUCAAUGUUUGGCAUUGCCAGGCUCACCUUUUGUACAUUAAUACAGGCUAUGCUCAAGCAAUUUAUGGAAGAUCAUUCUUUCUUUCUUUUUUAUUCUAGUUCCUAUCCUGUCCCAUGGACCCAGUUUUAAUUUUAGUAUCUGGUUUGUUGAGCUGCAAGGAAUGAAUGAUCCAGAGAUUGUUGAACCAAGUCUUGCCUGGUUUAACACUGUAAGCACAUGUACAGUUGUAUGUUAUGCUUAAGUAUGACUUUUGUUAAUGAAUACAUUAAUUUAUAAAAUAACUAAGAUAGUACGCAUGUGCUCAUUGGCCGAGAGGAGUGUUUGCAUGAGAGAAUGUAAACAUGGUUGUGAUGUCAAGAUGUUUUGCUUUUCGCUCUCUAAUCAUGCAAGCACAAAUUUGAAAAAGUUUUUUAGUUCAAAACUCGACAAGUUUACUUUAUUUACCGAUUCCUUCAUUGGCUUAAACUUGGAAAAUCUUUACAACACUCUGUGUCAAUUUUUUUUUUGCUUAAGCUGACAUUUUAAGAGAAAAAAUCUGUAUUUUGGAAAGCAUCUUUUGACAAAACAAGAACUGAUUACACGGGCAAGACGUCAUUAUGCAAGACUUUGCGACUGGUAUGAAUUCCUCUUUUAAUCAGUGCCAUAACAAAGAGUUUUGGGUUUUUUCUCGGGAAAGUUAUGUCAUAAAAGCAAUAAAAACCUUUUUUCCUGUGUUUGCAAAGCCUGAGAUAAACACGAGAGGGGAUGGGAGAAUUCUUGACAGUUAUGCAAACCCCUGACUUCGUCUCGAGUUUGCAUAACUGUCUCAAAUUCUCCCAACCCCUCUUGUGUUUAUAUCAGGCUAUACAAACACAGAAAACAUUUUCUAUUACUAUGGCUCUGACAAAAAUACAGGGUUCAUAUGCAUCUUGAAAGUCCUUGCUUGAGUUUUAGAAUAUAAAAGUCGCCUUGAAAGUCCUUGAAAAUUGCAGUCGGGGCUGGAAAGCCCUUGAAUUUCAGUGCUUAAUUUAUCCAACCCAGCAAACACAAAAAAACCUUGAGGAUGAAAUUUUGCUCAUGUUGUUGAAGAACUAAAAAAAAGACUUAGACUCAAGGCUCUCUUGUGCACUGAAUGGAGUCCUUGACCAGUGGGAAAUGUCCUUGAAAGUCCUUGAAAAGUCCUUGAAUUUCUUGUUCAAAAAAGGAUCCAUGCGAACCCUGAAAAUAGUAAACUUGCAAAUACUUUUCUUUACUUGUUAAUUUACAACUUAAUAUUAUUUUCUUUGAUGCUUAUCUUGGUCUAGUAUCGAGAGAGAGAGGCGAUACGUCUUUGCCUGAAACACUUUCGACAGCACAACUACACUGAAGCAUUUGAGUCUCUACAAAAGAGGACAAAAAUUGCCCUUGAACAUCCCAUGCUGACAGAACUUCAUCAAAAACUGGUUAGCACCUUAAUUAUAGCUGUAAAACUUGGGGGAUCACUUACUUCCAUUGCAUGAAUAGUAAACUACGAUUAGUUUCUUUGGAUGUAGCAAACCCUUCUGGUGAUAUUUACUAGUUAAGUCCUUGGAAUUCUCAGCCUGUGAACAUUAGAUCCAUCUUCAGACUGUUUCAGCCACAAUUCCGUUGUACACCAUGAUAGUUGUUACAUGUGUAGUUGGGUUUAGAAAACGGAUCCUAGUGGAACAGGAGGCUAAAGGGGUAUGGCAUACAGGUCUGGAGGAGAUAUAGGAAGUGGGUGAGAAGCUGGAGAGAAAUAUUAAAUGCCAACUUCCUUUUAAUGAUUUAUUUUUCAGUGUGUUAUAACACUUAACUGUAUGAAAAAUGAGCACCAAACAGUGAGCAGCUCUCCCCAUGGUUCAAGAAAAAAAAAAAUUUUAUAAAUAUCACUUGAAAGUGAACAAAAGUUCCCACUCUGGCUGUAAAGAAAAAAAGGUUAUACUAUACUGUAAAUUUUCAACGCUUUGAUAAAUCCAUAGGCAUACAUGUGUUAUUUAGAAUUGGGAACAUAUUGAACUCUAGCUUCAUUUGUCUUCUCUCGAAACCCUUACUGUAGCUUCUGAGAUACACUGAUAUGACACCACAUUUGUCAAUAUUUGCACUACAACUUUCAUAGACCAGAUAUGUAAUAUUGAGUACAUGAAGCUACACCUUUUUGGUUUUGUGGCAUCAAACAUUUGGGAAACUUUUCCCUCGGCAUUUAAAAAGCUUAAUUUAUCGUUUAACCACUUCUACAAGCAGUACCAACUGUACCCCCUCUCAGUUAAUACCCAAUCUAUUUGUGAAGUUUAAUUUGACUGUAUUUUAUAGUGAAUUCUGCCCAUGCUUUAUUAAUUUCUAUUUUCUAUUACAUUGUUUUGUCUUUGUAUGAAAAGUAAAGGUAAGUAUUAAGAUAUAUAAAAGGCGUUUUUGCGCUUCAUUAUUUUUCUAUUUCUUGGUCUAAUUUGUGUAUGUGCUUGUCUAUGCCAGUGAAUUGCACAUGGUAGUGACCACCUUGAUAGCUGUUACUAGCUACUCUCAACUGGUCACUGCACACAUUUUACUUCUUACCAUUUGUUAUUUAUUCUCUCUGUAUUAAUGUAUUGUAAUGUCACUUUAUAACUCAGACUGUCAUAAUAUUUGUUAAUAGUGCCAAACAGAAACAAAUCUGAAUCUGAAUCUGGGAGCAAUGCAAAAAGGGUUACAGUCAAAUGAAAAACUAAGUAAAGGAUGUAUCAGAGCAGAGCAGGGUACAGAAUGCAGAAGGUUCUGAUCUGUGUCUCCUCCCCGUUAUACAGUAUAGUUACAAUGGUAAAUCAGGGCUGUAAAAAAUAAAGUUGACUCAAAUUGAUCAUGAUUUUUACUCCUUCCAAUUCUCCAGGUUAUAAAUAAUGACUUUGAUGGAUGUGAAAAAAUUAUAGAGCAAGCUUCAAAAGGUAGGCUUGCAUCACAGGUAUCAUAUCUCUGUAUUUUAAGAAAUUAUUUUAUACACCUGAAUUCCAGGAUGUGCAGGUAGAAAUUGAUCACUCCAAUGUGAUAAUCAUAUAUGAACAAUGUUCAAUUGAUUAUUGUGAAAAAAUAAAAAGAGGCAAUUGUUGACAAAUUUAACUAUAAUAUUCCAGCUUGCAUCAGUUGUGUCAUAGUGUGUUGUUGUCCUGUAAUGGACUUAUAACAUAUAGCUCUUUUAAUAUCCAUUUUUUAUCCAUUUUGUUUGUUUAUAAGGUUUUGGUCAUUGUUUGUCUCCCUGUUGUCAUCACACUUUACACUUUAACCAUGAUGAACAAUAUCUUUCAUGACAUUUUGUAUGUUUUUGUCAUGUUUCCUUCACAAAAUGAUUGUCAAUAAUAAAAGUGGUGCUAGUCAAAGAACUCAAAAAUUUAUAUUAAUGUACUCUGUGAUAGGCAAAAACAACAUGUUAAAUAUAAAGUGACUUCUGAUAAAGAGAUACAUGUAGUUCUGAUUAUUUAAUUCAUGGAUUUGUGGGGUUAUUAUCUGAGUAUUUCUGCUGAUGGGUUAUUAAAUCCGAGCCAAUUUUCUUCACUUUUUCAUUAUUAAAUUUUUUAUUAUUCCUACAGAUGCUAUUUUUAGCAAUUAUAUUAGCCAACAGGAGUACAAACCCAAGUGGACUGCUAUUAUCCCUCUUGCUCAAAGUAAGCCUUCAUGUGUCUUUUAUUAGCUCUGACUAUACCAGUCAGAUUCAAUUGUAAUAAUAUUUAUAACAGAACUACAGCUGUAGGAUGAAGAUGGUCAAGUAAGAAAUGUCAUCGACUUUUUGACACAUUAAUUAUUGAUAUUGUUGUAUUGGUUUAUUAAUGAUACAAGGAAAAAUCAGUUUACUAUUGUUGCAUUUUAAUGCAAAAAUUCAAUUGCCUGUGACAAGUUUUUGUAAAAAUGUACCUGUAUGCAAGUAUUCUCAAACAAGUUUAACUUCCAUUGUGACCAGUUGAUUUUAUUAUUAAAUUCCUGAAAUGUCACGAAUCAUAAUAAUGAUAAUAAUAAUGAUAAUUAUCAUUAUUAUUUUCAUUAUUAUUAAUGAGAUCACUGGCAGUUGUCAACUUGUUUUCCUUGGAAAAUUGAGUACCACAUACCAUUUAUUAACUGAGAGUGAGCCGAGGUCCCUGUAAUGACUGAAAGGACGAGGUUAUUAAGUUAUUUAUUAUAUGACCUUGUUGGUGCUAUCCAGGGUUCGCAAAUAUGCCAAAUUUGGCGUAUUUUACGCCAGAAUUGUUCAGAUGAUUCCACUGAGGUUACGGAGGGAGUCACUUCAACUCCAAAAAUUUUCAGUAACAAACAGGGAGCCACUUCGACUCCAAAAAUUUUCUCCUUACCUUUUUCGCAACAAAUACAAUUUAUGUUAAUUGUAAACACUGUAAACCUUAAUUAAAUCAUCUAAAUUAAAGAAUUGCACUGCACGACAAAACAGGAAAGGGUAAAUUACGAUCAAAGUUUACUUGAUGACUGCCAUCAUGGAUUUGAGCUUUCCAGGUCAGCGGACCACCACAGCUACUUCGUGUAUCCCUCACGAUUGUGUAUACAUGCCAGGACCACAUGCUGGGAAGUCUGAUACUUGACUCCAAAAAUUCCAAAAUGACUCCAAAAUUUGUGAAGAAGUCACACUGACUCCACUCAUCAAUAAAAUUUGCAAAUUAACCCUCGUGCUAUCCUUGAAUAAAAUAUUGAAUGAAUAAAAUAUUAAAACAAAAUUAUUAAUUAUUAUUAAUUAUAAUUAUUAUAAACAUUAACAGUUUACUAGUUUCUCCAAACAUGUACAUGUAUAAUGUACUGUAGAAAUGUUCUGAGGUCAGUGAAGAGAAUAACAUGUAUGCUAAUAUAGAAGGCUAUAGCUACACUAAAUUUAAUUUGAUGCAAUUUAUUGUGCACUGUAGUUAAUUAUGCAAGGCUGUGCUCUUCAGAAAAUUUGCUCUGAGUGUGAAAUCCAGGGUGCUUGGCAUACAAGUUUUAUACAAUUUAGCUAAAGUACACUGCAAGGUGCCAUGGGCGAACAGGCUCUAUUGGAGCACAGCUCCAUGUUGAUAUGUUUGAAUAUGAAAUUUAUAUGAUCAGCUCUAAUUGUCCAUUUCCAAGUUUAUAUUUCAUUUUCAUUUCAGUUCGGGUUAUGGGGAGCUCAAAGAAAGUAGCCAGGAGUAAAAAAAAAAAUACAUUGUUUACUACAGUGAACAUGUAAAUCACAUUUACUCUGACUUGUAGAAAUGUAAACUGAAAAUUGAAAGAGAGUUCUCUAAAUCAGAAUGUAAUGUAACAAAAUAUAGCCCAAAUAGAGCAUGCAUUUUACUAUUUUGAGAAGUAUAUAAAAGCUGUUCACAUUAGAUUUGUGACAAACAACAUCAGCCUUCACUAGCUAGUAAACUAUAUGCCUACAACAUGUCAAUGGGAAAUUCAAAAUUCAAUGUUUCGGACACUGGUACACUGUUUUUCCCUGACUUUUUAAGUGCUCAAAACAUGGUUUGAGUUAUUCUGGGUAGAAUUGUGUAGAAAUGAACUGAAGAGAAACAAAAUUUACUUUGAGUUAGCUGGAGGUUCGAGUUAUUUAGGGUUCGAGUUACUGAGGGUAAAAUUACAGUAAACGUAUGAAGGAAAUUAAGGGGAAAUCCAUUUUGGCUCGAGUUAGUUAGCGAGGGUUCGAGUUAUCAGGAGUCGACUAUAAGCAUGUCCUGUCAGUUGGUGUGCCGCAAGGGUCUGUUCUGGGACCUGCAUUAACCUCAUUUAUAAAUCUAUUCUCAGUGAUGUUAUUUAGAGCUGCAAUUAUAUCGAUAAUAAUUAUUGAUAUCAUCUUUAUGCUGAUGAUACUCAGCUUUAUAUUGUUUUUAAAACAAAUGAUGCAUCUUUGGUCAAAAACCAGAUUGAAAGCUGUGUUGGUGAUAUUUGUUGUUGAAUCGCAAAUGAUCUAAAGUUGAACAAACAUAAAAGUGAAGUACUAGAUAAUCAUGUGUCCUUUGACCAUGGUAGUUUUAUGUGUAAAACAUAGAUGGAUCUUUGCAGAGCAUUAGUCUGCCAUUUUAGAAACUUGUGUAAGAUCAGAAAGUAUCUUAACAAAGAUCAGCUGCCACAGUUGAAGAAGCUUUUAACUUCUAAAUUGGAUUACUGUAAAUCUUUUUUAUGGAUUACCCAAUUAGCAGCAGAGGAAACUUAAUUCAACUGCUACAGAACAUGGCAGCUCGUUUUGUAACUGGUGCUGCUAACUUUGAUCAUUAAGGCCUGUUUCAGAUGCUGAACUUUUCAUUAGCGAACCUAACUUGAAUUGAGGUUGACCCAAAUCGUAAUUGAUUCAGACGCCAAUCUUAAUUGCAGCUGAACUAAGUUCAAAAGGCGAAAAAUGCUCAUUUCGCUCAAACUGCUUACAAAAUACGUUAUAAUAAUAUCAUUUAUACAUUAGCUUCGGUACAUGAAAAGUUCGGGGUCUGAAUCAAAGCCAUUCCAAAGUCACUCCAAAGACGAAAUUCCCAGCCAGGCUAGACGAAAAGAUGUACUUAAUUCAAUGUAUUAGGUUCAGCUCAUGAAAAGUUUAUCAUCUGAACUGGACCUAAGUCCACUUCUGGUAAAACUUCAUACGCUCCUGGAUUCCUACCAUGUUGUGUUCAAGUUGCUUUUGCUAGUUUUGAAAGCUCUAAAUGCCAUAAUGGUCUUGACCCUUGGUAUUUGGUAGAAUUACUUCAGUACCAGAAUCAUUCCAGGGCACUUCGUUCAAAUUUUUUAGGACUUCUUUUGCAACAAAAAUCCAAUACCUAAUCAUAUGGCGAUAGGGCAUUUUUCACAUGUGCCCCUAGCCUGUGGAACAGUAUUCACUUUGGCAUUUGUAAAUCAAACAGUGUUUGUACUUUAAAAAAAAAACAAAGACCUACAUUUUUAGGAAAUUUAUUAAUGAUGGUUUAAUAUAUAUUAGAGUUAAUGUUUUAUAUCUUGUUAUUUCUAUUUUUAUGUAUUUAUUAAUUAUUAUAAAAAUAACAAUUAGUUCAUGCAUCAGCAUUUGUAUGUCGGGAUAUUGAGUAUGCAGGAAGUUUGGAGAGCACGAAAGAGGCAUGAGAGUUGCUUAAGGCACAGCAGAGAGCAACUCUAGCCUCUUGAAUGCUCUCUAAACUUCCCAUGUGCUCAAUAUCUCAACAUAUGCACUGCUGAAGCAUGAACCAAUUAUUGUUUUAUAACAUCACCAAAGUGAUCAAUGCAGCAGUUAACUUAAAAUAUUAUUAUUGUACGUAGCAUGCGCUCAAAGCAGAACACAUCAAUGUCUACUUAGGGACUGGUCAAAAAGUAUAGGGGGAUGGGGGUGGGCCGGAGCAGAGAGGGGGUGGGUCAUGAGGUUUUGAGCCUUGCGUAAGGGGUGGGUCGUGCAAUUUGCAGCUGACCUUAGGGGGUGGGUCACCCUAUUUUAUUACAUAGAUAAGCACUAACUACUAAUGAGACAGUUGACCACACUUGUUAUAUAAAACGCAGGCAGCUGGAAUUAUGGCUAAAAUACUCACAAACCUGUUGUGCAAGAAAAUGCAACAGGUGACAGGCCGCACAUCCCGUGAACCCUUUGUUAACCUUUUUUUUUUUUGGCUCUAACGAGCAUGUCCUUUAAUGAUUUUCCUUUUUUGUAAGGAAAUGAUUGGUGGUUCUUUAAAAAGUUAUUUAAGUUACGGUUGGUUUUGUAUAAGAUUCAAGCUUCCUUUAUAAUAAACACCGAGGGCUGGUAUUGUGUCACAAAUGGCAAUAAAUCUUUUUCCUCCUUGAAGCUUUUGUUUUAGGAGUUUAGACUCGUUUUUGUGAAUUUUAUUUCUGAUAGUAGGUCUUCUAACAAAUUUUGUGGGUAGCCUCCGUCCAUCAAGCCUUUUUUUUCUUUAAUUUGAAUUAUCUCCCUCAAAGGUUGUUUCUGAGGAGUUUUUUCGUAGGAUUCUCAAGGCUUCUCCUUUGACAAAUCCUUUUUGGAUCACUUGGAGGGUGACACCAGGUGAAAUGUGUGUGCAAGAAGGUUUCCGUUUGUUUAAAAUGUGUCUUUGCAUCAAGGAUAGAUUUUUUCUUGAAUCUUGUGCGUGCCUUUGUAUACAACCGUGUCUAAAAAUGCUGCACCUCAGUGUCAAAUGUUUCGGCCAUGAAUUUAAUAGUUGGGUGAUGUAAGUUUGCUUGUUCAAUGAAGGCUUCAAUGUCUGGUUUACUCAUGUCCCUAUAUCGUGUACGUAGCAUUUCCAAACUAUUGUNUGACAGACCGCACAUCCCGUGAACCCUUUGUUAACCUUUUUUUUUUUUGGCUCUAACGAGCAUGUCCUUUAAUGAUUUUCCUUUUUUGUAAGGAAAUGAUUGGUGGUUCUUUAAAAAGUUAUUUAAGUUACGGUUGGUUUUGUAUAAGAUUCAAGCUUCCUUUAUAAUAAACACCGAGGGCUGGUAUUGUGUCACAAAUGGCAAUAAAUCUUUUUCCUCCUUGAAGCUUUUGUUUUAGGAGUUUAGACUCGUUUUUGUGAAUUUUAUUUCUGAUAGUAGGUCUUCUAACAAAUUUUGUGGGUAGCCUCCGUCCAUCAAGCCUUUUUUUUCUUUAAUUUGAAUUAUCUCCCUCAAAGGUUGUUUCUGAGGAGUUUUUUCGUAGGAUUCUCAAGGCUUCUCCUUUGACAAAUCCUUUUUGGAUCACUUGGAGGGUGACACCAGGUGAAAUGUGUGUGCAAGAAGGUUUCCGUUUGUUUAAAAUGUGUCUUUGCAUCAAGGAUAGAUUUUUUCUUGAAUCUUGUGCGUGCCUUUGUAUACAACCGUGUCUAAAAAUGCUGCACCUCAGUGUCAAAUGUUUCGGCCAUGAAUUUAAUAGUUGGGUGAUGUAAGUUUGCUUGUUCAAUGAAGGCUUCAAUGUCUGGUUUACUCAUGUCCCUAUAUCGUGUACGUAGCAUUUCCAAACUAUUGUUCUAAAGACAGUUUUGCUUAGAGUUGUUGUUUCAAUAUAUGUCAUGAAACUAUUGGCAAAGGAAUCAAAACUGCUGUCUUUGUGCCCAUUACAGUUCCAUGGUUUUGUAGGUAGUGCUUUCCAUUGAAGUGGGAGAAAUUUUCUUUGAGGAUUAAUCUAAGAAUUUCCGGCAAGUAAUGUGUAGGAAUGGGUUGUCUUUGUAGAAAUUUUCAUAUGCGUUGACAGACAAUUUCAAUAUACCCUCAUUUUGCUGUAUAUUUGUGUCAAGACUCAUAACGUCCAUCGAAACAAGAAAUGUUCGGUUUUUCACAUUUGUCUUUUCAGUGAAAGGUAUGAUUUCUGUGAUUUUGAUAUUGGUUGUAGCAGUGUAUCAACAAAUUUUGUCAAGCACAGAACAAGGUUAGGCCAUCCUCUUUUUUUUCUCCGUUUACCGUCGUCCGACCGACCCAAAUUUUUGGCAUUUUUAAAAAAAAAGUAACGACAUAGUUACACCAUUUUUCACUUGAAAUAAUUCUUUUAAUCUGAAAAAUGAGCAUAGCAACAGCACAGAGAAAAACAAGAACAAAAACAUGAACAUUUUUCACAGUAUAUUUUACAUUUUGUUAAUCCAAAUAUGUGAAUGUUAACUUUUAACGUCGUCCUGGGGUACCAGGGCCCACUAUUCCGACACUUCUUGUGAUUUUUUUUUAAGUUUUUUUUUUUUCAAUCCGACCGACCGACCCAAUAUCAGGAAACGCAUUCGACGGUAAACGAAGAGAAAAAAGGGGAUGGCCUUAGAGGAAACCAAACAUCCAUGUUUUAACUAGGGGGUGGGUCAUGCAAUUUGCAACCUUGCUUUAGGGGUGGGUCAGUCAUUUUUGUGCCGAAGGGAAGGGAUGGGUCAUGUGUUUUUUAUCAACCACAUUUCCAAAUGCUCCGGCCCACCCCCCCUAUACUUUUUUACCAGUCCCUUACGUGACUAUUUUUUUUUCCCUCGCAGUUAAGCUUAUGUUUUUACGAGAAACUGAGAGAAAGUGUACUCUAAAAAAUAUUGUAAAAUCGGUUUUGAGGUGCCAGAAAACUAUUAAUUCACUUAAAAGUAUUUUUGAGAGAAACAACUGUUUAAAGAAUGAUUUGCCACCACCAUAACCCACACAGCUCACAAAGAUGACAACAACUGCAACAACAACACUCACCUCUUUUCCCUACUAUCGGUUAACAAAUUCAAGAGUUUUCUCUUAAAUUACCUUAUAAAACAAAUGGCAAACGCUUCAUCGCGUACUGCUGAGUUAUGGAUGCACUUGGGAGACAUCUUGGGAGGAUUGCUAAGCUCACAACAACUUGAGGAAUAGUUCAUUGAGGUCAUCAGUGUGCUCAAUGGGAAUAUGUAGCAUGCUUGCACUAUUUAAUUUGAUUAGGUGAAUUUUGUAGCUAUGUUAUAAUAACUAUUAUUUUUUUAAUAUUGUUGUUACAGGUCACACUUAAGUUCAGGUCAUAAAAUGUUUUAACCUAGGUUGGUUCUCAAUUUUCAUUGUCUCCUAGCCCUAAUUUAUGAACAGUUAAGACUAGGAGACAAAGGAAAUUGAGAUAAUUUAUUAUCUCCAAGACAUUGUUCUAAUAUCCAGAGGCUCGGCUUGGGGUAGCUCAGGAAUGGGCUAUUGUGAUUGGCUUUUAUUAGCCGUUAUUUCUACUCUUGUGCAGAUGCGGACCCUGUGAGUUCACGUCCAGGUAUGAGGGGAGGACAUCAGAUGUUAAUUGACAUGGAAACUCAAGUCAUUUAUCUGAUUGGAGGCUGGGAUGGAAUGGUAGACCUAUCAGACUUUUGGGCAUUCAGUGUGGAAUCUGGGCUGUGGACUUGUUUGUCACGCAACACUGAGCAGGAUGGUGGGCCAUGUGCAAGGUCCUGCCAUAAGAUGUGUUUGGACAGUAAAAAGAAGUUGAUAUAUACCUUGGGAAGAUAUCUUGACUCUGAAAUGAGAAGUUCAACACCACUUAAGGUAGUAUAAUCAUACUAUAAUCAUAUAGCAUGUAUCUUGAUUAUACAGUGUAAAUAUACAACUUACUUUAUUACUGAAAACAAGUGUGCAUCCCUCCGCUACGAGACUUGAAGUAACUCAUUGAAUGAUGCUACAAACAGAUACAGAUAGUGAGGGGGAGAUAAUGGGAAUCAGUACAGCUACAGUGAGUAGGGGUUACCCAUGUUUUUCCCAAAUCUGGCAGUUUUUGAAGUAGGUGCCUACAUAAUAUUUUUCUUUAGUUUUUUGCAUUUGGGGCAGGAGGCAAAUGGGGGAGGGGAGGUUGUCUUGAUGGGAGUUCAGAGAUGGGAAUGCUGCUGCUGAUGGUUUGAAACCAUAAGCCUAUUCAGGAGAAAAAGAAAACAUAGAAAUCACUUAUUUUGGGAUUCAUUGCAUUGUGACAUCUAGAAAUCUCCUUGAAAUAAAAUUUUCUGAUAUGUAGCAUAUUCUUGUUCCAGUAUGUGAUUGAUUGAACACACCCUCCAUAGACCCUCUUAAGAAUAAAGAAGUUACUAAAAAAGCCCGAAUUUACACCUGCUUGUAAAGUUCACAAUACAUAAUAAUUUUUCAUAACAGAAAGAGAAAUGAAUAAGAGCACUUACUCCAGGAGCACUAAGGAUUCACAUAUCAUUCAGGGUUUUUCCAGUAUGAGUCAGAGUUUUGAUCUUUUGUCUCUCUGUAGAAUGAUUUUUAUGUUUAUGAUAUAACUUCAAAUCAGUGGACUCUUAUCAGUCAGGAUACCUCUACUGAAGGAGGCCCUCCUCUCAUCUUUGACCAUCAGGUAAUUACUAGUCAUGAAUUGUGAUUAAAUUUUUUGAGAUUUUUUUGUCAAAGAAAUACUUUUUUGAGCACUUGAGACUAGGUAAACUUUAAGGAUAUAUCUACAUGAAGCUACAAUUGGUGGAUCAAUUUAGAGUUGUGGGAAACUGCCCACCUACCCCUCCCUUCAGCUAACAUUAGCACGUACGUCUCACUUUGGGCAAAAUGAUGGCUUAUGGGAGGGGUAGGUGAGCAGUUUCCCAGAAACUUAAAUUAAACCCAGCCAGCAACAAAAUUGUUGAGACAUUGUCCACAAAUGAGGUUAAACUUCAGGGAACAAAAUAAUCCACACUCCUCCCCUCUCCCUCUAUUCAAAGUUGGUUUGUUCUUCAGGUAGCUCAGUGACAGAACAUUGCAUGGAGCAGGUAGGGGAAGGAAAGCUUUAUUUUCUCUUUUUUGAGUUGGUGAAAUGUUAGAGAGGCCUUUACGGCUAGUUGUCUCAACUAAUUUUGUUGCCGAUUGUAGCUUCCAGCUUACUUUAAUAGUUUCUGCUCACACGCAAUUGCUGUCAACAGACAGUUUCCUCGUUUUGUUGGAAAAAAUUAAGAAUGGAUGCAAUUCUCUCUAUCGAACAAAUUUACCUUAUGCAGGGCAUGCAGGGGUCAAUUUAAUGAAACUUUUACACGUGUAAGUUACAAGUAUAGCUAUUGUUCUCAGACUUUAAAACAAUGGCUACACUUGUAAAUUAAACGUGUAAAAGUUUACGUGCCCAGCAACAAUAUCUACUUGUCCCGGAUUACCUGAGGGGACUUUUUUCAAGCCCUGCUUACUAGGUUUCUCUGCAAGCUAAAACGGCGUUAAAACCACAUGUUAGAUCACAAAACAUUUUCUCCGUGGCUUCAAAACCUUCACUUUUUCUGUUGUCUCAAAAGUAUGUGAUAUCACACAUAAAUUAAUUCUGGACUUCACUUGAUCAACUUAUGAUAAACUUGUACUUAAAUGGAGCUAAGUGAUGGAAACACCUUAACAAGUGGCUGAACAUAUUGGAAAUCUAAUAAACUAAAAGCUAAGAUCAGGUCAUACAAGUCAUACUAUCUACACAAGCUUUGUAAAUUUUCUUCUUUCUUAGUUUAUAUUAUUGUGCGAUCUCUUCUUAGGGCCUGUUUACAUGGAGUGGGGGACCCCGGUCUAGUGGGGUUGGUUUCUUCUGUUUUCACGCUCUGGGGGGCACAAAACAAAAGAAACCUACCCCACUAAACCGGGGUCCCCCACUCCAUGUAAACAGGGUCUUAGUUAAGUUUUAGGUAUAGAUAUAUUUUCGUGUGUUAAGGGCGGCUUUUAGGAAGAACAGAUACUUUAUUGUAAAUUUUUAUUUGGUAAAACUACCUUGUAUAAAUGCAGUUUUUACUCACUAACACACUAACAUAACAUCAAGUGCAGAUAAUUCUCAUUGUUACAUUUGAGGAUGAAAAAUGGACCUUGAUCCCUGAGGAGCAUGUCAUUUUUUUUGCAGAUGUGUAUGGAUGUAGAGAAGAGCACUAUUUAUGUAUUUGGUGGCCGUGUAUUAACGAGGUAAGGCUAUAUACAUUCUGGCCUUUCACGAGAAUAACCUAAUGUGUCACUCAAAGGUUGCUGUAACGGUAAGGUACUUGCUAUAUGGGGCAUGAUAUAUAUAUAUAGCACCUGAUAAUGUAGGAACAAAAUAAUCCCUGAACUAUCCUUUAUAACAUCCACCCUACCUACAGGAACCAAAGUUAUUCAUGAUUGUCUUGGGAGAGGAAAUCUCUCAAUCAAACUGCAUUUUUUUCCAGUAGAGCUUUUAUCAAUUUAAAAAUUGUUGGAACUGACACGCUUACAUUGUUCUUAAAAUAACCCUAAAUGGUAAAUGUUUAUUUCAUGAAACUGCCAAUCUCUGCAAAUGUACUAUCCCCUGUUGAAUAUUUUUGUUGUUAUUGCUUCUAGUACUGUUGUUCAGUGUAACAGCCUUAAAUUGAGUAACAAUUUAUCUCAAGUUUGUUGAAUUGAAUUUAGUUAAUAAAAAAAUAAAUUUUGGUUUGUGUAUUAUUAUUUAUUGUACGUCGGAAGUGCCAGAAUUUCAAGUGCGUGGUUCUCUAAAACCGUAAAAAAAAAAAUGUACAUGUGCCUUACAAAUUACCAUCGGCCACUGGACAGUUGUGGACCAAACUUUGCGCAUGUGCGACAAAACCUUAACCAUGGUCGGACAUUAUGUUGCGGCUGUCAAGUUGUUAUUAAAUCAAUUAAUAUGUUAUGAUAUCUUGAGUUAGUAAACGGAUUAUAACAUCUUCUCAUGCUCGUUCUCAGUACAGUGAAACCUCUACUAAGCUCCUAAGCGGACCCCCAAUUAAGCGGAUACCCUCUAUUAAACGGACACCAAGCCGGGUCCCGAAAUCAACGUCUUAUAUUUCCCUUUAUAACGAACCCCUAUUCAGCGGACACCUCUAUUAAGCGGACGCGGGCGCUAAAACAAAUUGUAUUUGGCUAAUUUCUAUUGUUAAUAACCUCUAUCAAGCAGACACCGGACUGAAUUGACAAUAGUAGUAUUGGAUUAUGUCCUUGAAAUACGUACUGUUGUCUAUUUAUUAAAGAUAAAUCAAUACAUUUAGCUGUCAAAAAACUGUAAAUUAGACCGAUAUCCGGCCGUAUGAUUGCCAUCUGCGAUCAAAGGUCAUCUUAAAGUCUUGCAAAAAGUACAGCACAGCUUCGUUAGCUUCCUUAAUAACAACGUGGAACUUUAUCACAGUACACUGUACAUAACCGUUGACUGUUAAUCGUUAACAAAAAUUGCGGCACCCUCUAUUAAGCGGGGUACACUUGGGUAGGUCCCGAAGGUGUCCGCUUAAUAGAGGUUUCACUGCAAUUACAAAUCAGAGCUCUCAAAAAUCAAGAAAUAAAGUGCAACAUAAAGUGAAGUCUGAUUAAGAUAUUUGUCCUUGCAAGAAAAAAUUAUUCGGUAUGAGUUAUCUUAUUUUAAAAUGCCGUAGUUGACAUUUCAAGAAAAAAUAAUUCGGUACGUCAGGGUGGUAGCGUAAGUUAUCUUAUUUUAAAAUGCCUUAUUUUAUUAAUUAUUUUUAUGUCUCUUUGUCUCCUAGUGUGAGUGGAGAUGAGAGGGCACAGGAGCCAGUUUUUAGUGGAUUAUACUCCUAUCACUGCCCUACAAACACCUGGACAAGGCUAAAGUAUGCAAAAUCCUUUGAAUGGAAUCUUGAGUCGCUUAAUUAAGCUGAUUUUCAAUCAUCCUAAGUUUGUAAACAGUUUUAUUCCUCUUGGUAUAAUAUUGCUAUGCCGUGUGAUUCCAAUUUCUGAACACCCUUAUUUUCUUAUAAAACUUCUUUUUAUGCUCUACAAGUUAAUUCAAAUUCUUAGCCUGCAAAAUAAUAUUAAUAUUGAACGCUUGAUUGUAGCAAUUCAAACUGAUGUAAUUUCUCUAAAGUGUAGUUUUCAUUCUUAAUAUCAUUGGUGACGAAUUACUCCUUAAUUUUGGCGCGAAAUUUCAGCGUUAAUUUACAAAAUUACAAAUUGCCAUGGCAACCUUCCGUACGUCUCAGUGUCAAGAUGGCGACGAAGUUUUAAAAUGUCGUGAAUGAAGAUGUCAGGGCACAAAAAGACGCUUUAGAAAACCUGAACACACAAGAGAACAUCAAGAAGGUUUCUAACAGGUAUUUUGCCGAAAAAGUCUGAAAAAUUCUGAACUUUAUAAGCCUAAUUUAAGGUCUAAACAUUUGAGAGAGUGGAGUUCUCGAUCAAUACGAUCCAGAAUAAACAUGUCAAAAAUCCAAGAGUGCUAACGUAAUUCGUCACCCAUGAUAUUAAUAGGUAAUCAAAUGGGAUACUCGUAAAAUUAGGGAGUAAUUUAAAGGCUCGGGAAAUUAUUAGGAUUUGGACAAAACGCGCGUGAAAUUAUUCCCUAAUUUCACUCGUCAUCCUUUGAUUACACAUACUUAAAAUUUGUCUAAUCUGCCUUUUUCAGUAUUUUAACUUGUAAUGUACGUAGUACAUUUUACUGGUAGUUUGCCGGUUAUAUUGACAUUUAUCAAUAAUUUCCAGGGAUGAUUGCGCUGAGCUGCGAUCCAGAAUAGGCCAUUCCAUGUUGUUCCAUUCUGUAAGUACUGAGUAACACUAAGUGUCAUUAUAAGCUUCAUUAUUUCUUCUGAACAUUUUCAAAUAAUGCAUGUUUUCAUUUGAUGUAUCCUUGCAGGAUAAAAGGCUUCUUUAUAUCUUUGCUGGACAAAGAGGAAGAGAGUUUCUAAGGUAAUUUAAGCCCCAAUGCUAUGUUCACACUUAAAGCAAUUAACAAGGCGCAAGGUUAUGACAAGAUGCCCAUCUCAGUAAUACAGGAUUGUCUCGAGUACACUUUGCAGACAAUAACUGGCAUAAUCAACCACUCAUUUACUUGCUCGAUUUUUCCAUGAGCCUGGAAGAAAGGUGAAGUGGUCUUCACCUUAAAGAUGGAGAUCACGAAGUUCAAAAUAAUAAUCGGCCUAUCUCUCUUCUGCCUGUGCUCCCCAAAGUAGCUGAGAGAAUCGCCCUAGCUCAAUUUAACAUCACUUAACUCAGAAAAACCGUCUCACUUGUCACCAAAGUGGAAACCGGAAGCACCACUCCACGGAAACAUUGAGCUUGCUAGUAAGCGAUCACAUCUUCAGUGCAGAGGUUAAAAAGCAAAUUACAGCAAUGGUGCUUAUUGACGUAAGCAAAGCCUUCAACAGCCUACGUCAUUCAACCCUUAUAAAAUACAGUCAUUCAACUCUGUAAAUUACAGAAUUUGGGUACCUCCAACAAAACUCCUCUAUGGUUCGAAAGUUACCUUACAAACAGACAACAGUUCACUCGUGUUGCAACUUCAUUGUCAGAACUACUCACUAUCACACAUGGCGUACCUCAGAACUCAAUUCUCGGCCCAACGCUUUUCAGAGGAGUUGGGGGCGGGGGGGGCUUAUUAACUUUCUUCCCCUAGAAAGGGGGUGCUUAUUAGAGGGAGGAGGCUUAUUUGAGAGGAUGACUUAGUGCAAAUGAAACGUGUCACUGCCAAACCAGACUUUUUCAUUUGAGUACUGGCCCUACAUUGUGCGACGAAUAAGCUUGUGAUUCCCUGGGCUGCAACUUUUUUUAAGAAACUGUCCCACCAAACACCAUAAUAAAAGUUAAAGAAAUUUUGAGUGUCUGUGAAAUGGAUACAAAGAGCUUUAUCUUUAGGCAUGAAGACAGCUUGUUUGAACUGUUGCUUCAUAUGCCAUGCCUUUCGACACCUUCCCCAUACGAAAACAUUUCAUUCAAUUCCUACCGUUCUAAGCUAUUUAUAGGGUAACCAUAAUUUUAUCAAAGUUGAGCUGUUUCCAGGCGUGAGUUUCAAACAAAUAUUCCAUGAAUUUUCUAAUAAGUAUCAUAUGUCACAAAUCUAGAGAGGCAGUACCUAACUUCAUUAUUUUACUAUUAUUUGUUGAUUGUGUAGUGACUUUAUCACAUAUCAUGUGGACACACAGGAAAUAUCACUGGUAUUAGAUGGAAACAACCAAGGUAGAGUACAUCUACACACAAGCAGUAGGAAUCAAUUAUAAAGAUUUGGAAACCUUUCACAAUAAUAUUGUUAAGGCUUGCCUUCAUUAGAGGCAUAAUAACCUUUAUGUCCUCGACUACUAUCCCUACUACUAUUUNUUAUUUUACUAUUAUUUGUUGAUUGUGUAGUGACUUUAUCACAUAUCAUGUGGACACACAGGAAAUAUCACUGGUAUUAGAUGGAAACAACCAAGGUAGAGUACAUCUACACACAAGCAGUAGGAAUCAAUUAUAAAGAUUUGGAAACCUUUCACAAUAAUAUUGUUAAGGCUUGCCUUCAUUAGAGGCAUAAUAACCUUUAUGUCCUCGACUACUAUCCCUACUACUAUUUUUUAUAAUUAUAUAAACUGCUUCUCCUGCUACUGCCGCCACCUGCUGCCUGUCCAGACAGCUAUGCUAUGUUUACAUUAAAGGUUGAGGUUGUAGUAAUUAUGAACGUAAUGUACUUAAACUAUAAGUUGAUGAAAUUAAACGGACUGGCUUGCAAUCAGGGCCUGUAGUGCUGUUUCCUAGGUUUCAGCUAUAUGGCUUCUGGUUUAAGGUUACCGGGGCUUUCAAAAAACUGGCCCCAGGCCGUUUUAAAGGAUACCGAGUUAAUGCGUGUGUUCUCUCCGCCAGUACCGGCUCAAGGCUUUACUCAGAGGGCAACAAUCGAUCCAGAACUAAAUGAAAUCCAUGUAUUAUCUGUAAGUACUGUCUUUCCCGAUUCUGUAAUAUAUUCUAAUCUUACAAACGUUCAAAUACCUGGGAUUCUUCAAAAGAGGACAGAUUUGUCUCAUCAUUUCCAAAAUUCUCGUGACACGUUUGAUUUAGUUAUGAUCUUUAAUAUCUAGAGAAAUUCGAUACCCAUCCCUUUUGGAAUCCAGUUCCAGGUUUUUCCAUGGGGCUGAAAAACUUGUCACUUCACUGUCUAAUUUAAGGUCCAUUACUAGCCAGCAGGGGGCGUCUAAUCUGAGGUCUGUUUAGAAGUUUAAGGAGAAUCCUGUGACAGUACAGCUGUAUGUCGAGUUUAUAAUUUUUGCCUUCUGUAAAAGGCAAACUUUUCUUGUUUUUCUUUGUAGGGUCUGAGCAAGGAUAAAGAGAAACGUGAAGAGACAGUUAGGAAUUCUUUUUGGGUUUUCAAUCUGGAGCGUAAAAUUUGGUAGGUGUUAUUAAUUCGUGAACUCAAGUUGUUAUAAUAGCCCUGAAACGUAGAGUGGCACUGAGAUCAUUAUGAAUUCGAACAAACACAAAUAAGUCAAAACUAGCUUUUCACAACUGAUACUGAUGGUGAACUUAGGUCAGCUGGCUCCUCAAUGUCCCACCAGCAGUCCACAGAAUCAUCUCUUUGGCUGGUCUUAAUUCCAGUCUCAAAUGGAUGGUGAUGUAUUCGUGUAUAAAGAUUGUAAUCUAGUUAGGCGAAGCUAAAUAAAUAAAGGCGUUCGAAAGGGAAGGGGAAGGGAAUUAGGGCGCGAGACCACGCAGGAGGGAGGAGGGGAACGCCUGCAAGGAAGCCAUUGUUUUCGCCAUCCCGCCUACUAAUUAAAAAAAUAACAAAAAAAAAAACGCAACUGUGAAUGACUAGCUGUCAGGUAAGUCUGGCCGCGAUGGACGUAUUCUAGACGUAUUUCUCGCACUGUUUUUCUUUUGCUUUCCGAAAACAAGAAAUCUAAAGUAAAGGUACUAUAAAAAAAGUUCAAAUGCGGUCGUCCAUUGACGGAAUCUUCCUUGAAAGUUGCAGCAUAAUCCAGCAUAAAUCUAUUCAAGUUGUUACUGAAGGAAUCGGGCUAGAAAACUAUUUGUAAUACGAAAUGUAGCGGCUCUUUGCAACUUUCAAUGCAAUAUUUGUCCAAGAAAAAUUACAACACUUUGCCGUCACGCACUCUUUGAAUUUCUAUGAGGACGAGUUGGAUCCAGCGGAGCACACAAAAGAACGCAGGUGGCGGAGAAAGAAGAGCUGAACUUCGAAGAUCUGCAAGAAAGCAACAAUUUAUUAUUAAACUAAGUUCCUGGUGGUUUUAUAACCGGCAAGAAGAUAUCCUCAACCAAAAAUCGCCAAAAGUUAUAGAUCGCUUCGUCUUCAAUUAUCUUGCCGUUGUUAACGCGGGUCAAACAGCAGAUAACAAGCACACAGGCAGCAUGAUUUUUCCUUUCUUUCUUCUGGCGAGUAAAAUCGAUAAGCCGUUAGGAGAUGAUACUUUUCAGAACCAGUCAGUAAAACUCAUCUGCUGACAGGCCUUUUCCUUCACAUGAUUCUUUAGCUGCUUUUUUCUAUUCUCCUUCUUUAGAGAAAUCUCAUCACACUUCACUAACGACAUACGUUUAGUAACUCAAAUGGCGUGAUGUUGAUUUCAACCAGUCGGUAAAAGGUAUCAAGUCGAAGAUUGACAUUUAAUUAAUUCUGACCAAUCACUAUUUUUGUGAGCGUGAAAAAUGGAGAAAACAAUGGCGUCCUUGCAGGCCUUUCUUUCUUUUCUCCCUCGCGCGCCCAAAUUCCCCCUUCCCCUUCCCCUUUUAACGCCUGCCACGUAGGCUAGUGAUGUGCAGGAUUGCUGAACCAGGCAGCCUUUCAAACAGUGGGCUCUCAGAAUAUGACCAGGGUCUUGAUAUGAUUUUGGCGUAUUUCAAUAACAAGGAAAAGGAGUUAGAGGCGUCCGUUUUUUUCUACAAUCCCACGGUUCAGAGUCAACGAGCUUGUCGAUACUGAUCAAACAUUCUGCUGUGCAGGUCUUGCGUUUACAAGAAUGAAAACAUGGGCCAGCAGUAUUGGACGAAGAUGCAAAAUGUUGAGCCCUGUCCACGGUUUGCUCAUCAGCUGGUUUAUGAUCACCUUCAUAAGGUUCAUUAUCUGUUUGGAGGCAAUCCUGGUAAAUCCAGCCUACCCAAGAUGAGGCUAGAUGACUUCUGGUCUUUAAAGGUAUAUAUGUACGUAAUGCUCUCUAUCUUUCCGGCUUUACAAUUUAUGCUUGUCACAUAGCCUUUUUUAAAGGUGCAGUAAGUGUAUCACAAAAAUUCUACCAUAAUGAUAUGUAGACUUCCCUAGAAUUAUGCAUGGAGGUUCUCUUCCUAAUCCACAAAUGGCGUCUGAACAACGAAAAAAAGAUCGUUUUGCCGGCUUCAGUACUCAACCGGACACACAAGAAUAAUGAUAGCUACCUGGAUGCGUUGGCCAUUACAGCCGAACCUCUAUUAAGAUGCCAUCCUCUGUUUAGCGGCCAGUUACCAUAGUCGUGGCUGAUUAAAGUGUCCGGUGGGAAAUCACUGUCGACAGAACCUCUUAAGCGGCCAACCUUUUUUAAGGACCUUUUUUCUUUCGUUAGGGUGGCCGCACCAUACUUGUAGAGAUUCGGCUGAACUUGCUUCAAGUCAAAAUGUUUGCAGUAGAAAAUGGACUUGAAGCACUAUUUUUUGGGACAAUAUUGAGUUCAGGAAGGUCUAUAUCCAUUAUAUUUUUGUGUUCGCAGUUAUCAAGACCUUCAAGGGAGCACUUGUUACGAAGAUGUCGAUAUUUAAUACGCAAGCAAAGGUACCUUGUCGUCUAUUAGUGUUUUCAUCGCAAUGUUUUUUUUAAAUUUUAGUUUCAACUUAAUUAUAUGGAACGCUAUCACAUUUGUGACGUAUAACGGUCGUCUGUUGUAGAUUUCGUGAAAUGGCAUCUCGUGAUCCGUUUGAAGCUCUCCGUUACUUGCAGGUAAAACAUCAUUUGCUUUAUCCUUCAUCACUUCUCGUAUUUUGUGAAUGUUUAGUUGAUCAUUUUACCCAUUCUCUUCUUCACGGAGCAUCAAAUAGCCAGAGAACCCGCCCUCCUUCUCUCCUUCCCUCCCUGGGCAGGUGACAGUUCGCGACACCACCACUGGCUUCCCCGCGAGAUGACGCCUGAGGAAAGAGCGCAGUAAUUCGAUACUGAUGACGCGUCACUACCCGGAUCUAGAUCUGGUAUCUGGGUAGUCGUUCACGUUCCGAUUGGAUGAAGCAAAUUUUUAACCAAGUAAAAACACUUCCCAGAUCUGGGUAGUGACACGUCAUCAUGGAUGAGGAAUUUCUGCGCUCGUUUCUCAGACGUCAUUUCACGGGGAAAGCAGUGGUGGCGUCGCCAAAUGGGGUCUUUUNCUGGUAUCUGGGUAGUCGUUCACGUUCCGAUUGGAUGAAGCAAAUUUUUAACCAAGUAAAAACACUUCCCAGAUCUGGGUAGUGACACGUCAUCAUGGAUGAGGAAUUUCUGCGCUCGUUUCUCAGACGUCAUUUCACGGGGAAAGCAGUGGUGGCGUCGCCAAAUGGGGUCUUUUUUCUCGGGCUAAAAAUUAAACAGUACCAUGCUGCAAUAGUUGAGUGAUGAUUGAGUGUUGCUCUUUCUUAAAAGGUUACAAUAUUUAUUAUGUCUUUUCUGUAGCAUGAACUUUCAGAGACAGUUGCUCACGAUGACAUAGAGGAAAGCCAAGAGGUAUUAAGCUCCCUCUUUCUAUUUUGGGUAAAAUUUUAAUUUUCCUAAAUUGUCAGUUCAUUGACUUGGCUACCAGUUUGGAAACGUUUCUUUCUGAGGUCACGCGGUAAAUGCACCACAGUCCCAGCGAAGUUAAGACGAUGCAGCUGCAGUAGAGGCCAAAAGAAGUUAGAACGGCUAUGGAAACUGUUCCAAGUAAUUAUUACAAACGGCUCUCUUCUUUUAAAAACUGACUAACAUCUUUUGACCCCCUAUCUCUUCCGGGCAAUGUUGUGCCACAAAAACAAACUAACUAAUUGGCGUCUGUCUCAUUCUGAGUGCCAGAGCAUUUUCGGUUUCAAAUUAUCCCGCCGCGUGUAAAAAAAAAAGAUGAUACCCAGGGAACACCUAUCUUGCUCAAAGUUCAACAUUAUUUGUGAGAGCGGGAACGUUUAAUUAGCCAGUUUAACUAACAUCUCGUUGUGUGUCUUAACACUUCUAACCUCCACUGUAGCUAGAGAAGUGAAGUUGGCUUCAUUUACAGGUAGUUCCCAGGAUACCGGAAAAUAAAUAAGUGAAUCAAUUAAUUACUUAAAUUUUUCUGCUUAUUAUACAAACCGUAAAACCAAAAUAGUCGGCAAGGUACCGAAACCACUGAUUAUUGGCCCAAAGAAAGUUAUCUGCCUUGUACUUAGUGUAGUUACGAUGACGAUCUGCUGUAGAUUGCGAUUUUCAUGCGACGGUGUUUCUGUCAAGUAAAAAUAUAAUAUUUUUAGUAAUCUAUGACAUCAUUUUGAAGAGGUGUAUUUAUAAGGUCAUGCUUGUUACUUUCCAGUUCCGUCUUCUUGCAUCCAGCCUGUUUUCACAUCCAGCCUCAAUAGAUAUAACGGAUUCAGGUACAUGAUUCUUUGUAGUGUUCAGCUAGAACUGGUAAACGUUACAUGAUCCAUUAUCGGAAGUAGCUAAAUAAAUUUUGUCCAAACUGUUUAAUUUUCAAGUAUAAUCGAAUACAACUUCUCCACGUUACCGUCUUGCGUAAACAGGGUGUGACUCUGAGGCUUAGAGAGGAGCCUGGAAGGAACUGAGGUUCACCUCAAUAAAUUUUCAAAUGCUGUUUUGUUUAUAGCACUGAAACAGCAUUGUUCAAUAUAUGAAACUUACUGUUAGGGGUGUUGUCAGAAAAGCAUAUGUAAGGUAUAUUCAACGGACUAUAAAGUUUGCGGCUAUACGAGUCAGGAAACUAGAACAGCAGAUAUUUCAGUGUUUUCACUUGUACGUCCAGUGAACUUUUCACAAAGUAAAUUUUAUGGUAAUCGACUAUGCGGAUGCAUUAUCGAUUAUCGAAUUGUUCAAAAUUUUCCUUCAUUUUUGACUAAAAUCGAUGAUGGAUUCACUACAAGGUACAUGCUCUAUAGAAAAAUUCUCUCGCUUUCGUAGUGAGAUUGGACGUUCACAGGACCUAACAUGUGACCAUCCCCUAAUUUAUAGUAAAUUAACCUCAGGAAAUGCAAGAUAAUGGAAUGUGGUGUUUGUGAUUGCUCGAAUUUGUUCCCCUUCUCUCUCCCAUUUUCUUUCAGAGCCUCUUUCGCCUCCCAGUGAUGGUUUUACAGGACGAACUCAGGUAAGGACUAAACAUUUACCCUGUUUUUGAUUCUCUAUUCUUGGUCACUAGUGAGAAAAAAGGCGAAGAGCAGAUGGGAAACCGUGGCAGAUCUACCAUGCAGCAGUUUUUUAGCAUACAUACGAAGUCGUUUACGCCGCUUACCUGUCUCAUACUAGUCUGCCCUAUCGCAUCUCUGCCAGCAGUGCAUGUAGGGAAGACUGCGAGCUGCCUUUUCGCGGGCUACAGAUCAGUACAGAAAAUGCUCCAAAGUGUGUACAGCAGUACAAUCCGCGCUUGAAUCCACUGAGAAAAAUCGUAGUGUGAAAUAAAAUUAACCCUUGGAACACCGAAAGAAGACGUCUCUCAUGGUUCUGCUGCUUUUUGUUAGAACUAUACUUCAAUUUGUCGUUGGUAGCUUCGGCAAAUAAUUUUACAAAAAAAAAAAAUUACCGCUUCUCUCAUUGGAGUCCUUUGUGGAACAAACUUUGAAAUUAACGGGUUGUAUGGAAAUAUACACACCGGUGCCGUCUUGGACAUCCCAUUAUAGAAAUUCGUUUACUUCAAUAAGGCCGCAGUAUAGACGAUUUCCGUGUUCGUAAACUUUCACUUUCAAAACGAGGGGCUAAGUGUAAAGCCUUCCUUAUGAAAAUGAGCUCUAUUUGCAUGAGAAUAUUACAUGAGAAUUUUCAUAUCAAUGGUUUCGCACUUAGCCUCGCUUUGAAGCUGAGGCUUGGGGCAAUUCGGAAAUGGCCUGGUCAAAAGGUCUAUCAUCAGUCUUAUUUCAAUUCAUACGUGGAGCCGUUCAUAUUUCAUCCCUGAACCUGAGCCUGAAACUGAUUUCUUUAUUUGUUUGUGUGUUUUUUUUUUCCUUCCAAGCCUCGGAGCCAAGUAUGAAUUAAUCAUAUCGAGACUGGUUUCUAGUCGAAAAAAUCCGCGAAUCUGAAAAACGUACAUCCUAAUGGAUUGUUUUGAUCAAUCAUAUUCCCGGCACUGCAACUUUUAAAAAGGCAAAAAAAAAGUAACAACAAAGAAGCAAGUGUUUAUAGGUUUCUAUCGACACAACUUAAAAUUUACUGUAAAAAUUCAUUACCGACCCUGAAAAGUUCUCUUCUUUUUCCUGUUGCAGCUGUUCGAUACCCUGGUGUCUUUCUUCCCGGAGCACAUGACACAGCCAAAAGGCAAUCUUGUUGAUCUUAUCACCUUCUAACAGCCUGAACUGGGAAAAAGAAAGGAAACUCAAGAGUUGUGAUAAGAGAUCAGGAGUUUAACUGAAGCAAUCCGCGGUAGGGUUGACGACAUUUAGAAGGAGACAAAUCGCAAUAGCACCUCCACCUUCAGAAAUAAGGUCGACUGACGUGUGAGUGGGUGGCCAGGACUCGAUUUGUGACUUAAUUUUCACCCUCGGUAUAAACAAUCCCGUUUUACUUCAUGUCUGCAAAACUGGACACUUCCUUAUUACAACGGUUUGCACUGAGCGUCAUAGCGACAAAUUUAAGUUGUCUACGCCCAUCACACCAGACACGGAUUUUCAAAUGAACCAAUCGGCUCCCGCAGCGAAUACCGGAGGCUGAAAUAAAGGGAGAGAAAACAAGCGACAGCGAGCGUCGCCAUUGGCUGAGAAAGAGGCAGGGUUAUUUUCUGUCAAUCACAAGGCAAAGCAGUGACAUUUCCUUUGUGCAGUCAGUUGAAGUCUGGUUCUAAAUGAAUCUGCCUCAACGCAACUUUGGAUACCUACAUUUAAUAAUCAGAACCAAAAACCAAAACAAAAAUAUCUUAGCCUGAUUUACUGAGUUAUUUUUGCCGACAGUCCGUAGCAAGUGAACAAGAAAGGUCUUGGUUUCAAGGCUGAUCGCCUUUGAGUGCUUGGAAUGCGAUUGACGUUUAGUAAAAUGUUGCUUUGGCAAAAUUUAUAUUACCUUGAUAACGGUCAAUACAAACUUUUGAAAUCAGUAAAAGUGGUAUUUUGCGCGACAAAGACCGCAUUAAAAACCGGACGUGGACGUGCAGUACACUUUUUUGUGUGUGCAGAACAUAAACAAACGACGAAUUUAUCUUUCUCUUUUUGAACUUGGACAUUUUUCUUGUCAAUUCAACUCCAAGAGAGUUCGCCUAUAUUUGACAAAGUGAGCAAGUUGCGAUAAUCGCACGCGCUGAAGUUUCCAAAUAAGGCGAAGUCACUGUUUAGGGACGUUUUCGCCAGUGUCACCCUCCUGGUAUCUUACAAACUCCCGAAUAUACUGCAGGGGACGCCUUCUUCCACUCCUUUGUUUCGUUCUACUUUCCUCAAUCUUUGGCUUUUUCCAAAAUCAAAGAUGGCGAACACAAACACUCGGCCAACUGAGUGUUCGUUCGCACGAGAAAUACUCCCGUAGGAGAUGGAAAAUACUCUGCAAACAGGGAAGAACUGGAAAUCAUUCCGUACCAAGAGGGUCUCUAUCAAUUUUGGGGGUGGGAAGUUGUCUGAGUGAUUCAUCUAGAAAAAGAACUCGUUCAAAGAGCUUCGUAACAUCCGAAAACAUUAGAUUUCUCUGGUAAUAAUAAGCAGCAGCUUUAUUAAUGGGUCAAUGGAUUAAGUUUUCACAACUAAUUGGGGACACAAACAAUUGAUUUCAGUUAAUUUAAAGAGAGUCGUGUUUCAUGAAGAGCAUUUUCUUUCAUUGUUUCUGAAAAAGUAUAACUUGAGAUGUGGUGUGAAAGCGUGAUUGCUGAAAAAUCGAAUAAAAUUCAAGAUCAUUUUAAAAUAAGUCCACGAAUUCGAAUGAUCUUAACUCUCCGAUGACUUGCGGUGACUCAACAUUCCAAAGUCCAUCUUAUAAGGUUACGGCCAUCCGAAUACCGUCAUAAUCGGCUGGACUUCCGAUUUGCAAAUGCAAAACUGAACUUGUGGAAUGAAAAAUAUUGUAACAGUACAGUGGUAUUAAGAUAAUAUGGUUGUACCUAAACAACUUCUCAUAUAAGGUAGUAAAUGACACUGUGUGACAAUAAAGACCGUCAAAAGGC